AUGGCUUCCGCGACCUCCUUCUUCGAGUUUGAGCCCGUUGACAAGCGUGGCCAGACUUUCCCCCUCAGCUCCCUCGAGGGUAAGGUCGUCCUAGUUGUGAACACCGCCUCCAAGUGCGGUUUCACCCCGCAGUUCGAGGGCCUGGAGAAGCUCUACCAGACCCUCAAGGCCAAAUACCCCGACGACUUCACUAUCAUCGGAUUCCCCUGCAAUCAGUUCGGCAGCCAAGACCCCGGCUCCAACGACGAGAUCCAGUCCUUCUGCCAGCUGAACUACGGUGUCACCUUCCCCGUGCUCGGAAAACUGGACGUCAACGGCAAUGAUGCCGCUCCCCUGUACACCUGGCUCAAGGAGCAGCAGCCUGGUGUUAUGGGCCUGAAGCGCAUCAAGUGGAACUUCGAGAAGUUCCUUAUCAGUGCUGAUGGAAAGGUCGUUAAUCGCUACUCUUCUUUGACUAAGCCCGAGGGUUUGCAGGAGACUAUUGAGCAGGAGAUUGAGAAGGCUAAGAAGGCCGGCACUCUUGCUUCGUCUAAGAAGGCUGCUGAGUGA